AUUCUUCCUCUCUGAGAGAUCGGUGUCAGCCUCACACAGAAAGGGCUGACAGACUCACUGACACAGGGUGUUUUUCUCUCCUCUACGGUCUGCACUUUUUUCAGUUUAUGCCGUGUUUACAGUGCAAUGUGUCCUAAGCAUGUUUUGGCACGGCCGGUCGAGUCUUGACAGAGCUCCAGAAUCACAGUAAGGCUCUCAGAAGGGGACUGUUGAAUUUGACGGAUCACAGUGAGAAGGGGAACCAGUGCCUGAGGAGAGAAGAUUCUGGGUCAGAGGCAGCUACGACCACCUCCAAAACUAAGGGUUUAACUUUGUGAUGGCUGCCUGGAAACACCUUUAACCCUUCUGCUACCACCACUUUGACAGCAACUUCUCCUACUUUUGCAGAAGCAACACUACUUCCACAACUGCUAUGCAAAGCAACAUGUCUACAAAUUCAACAAUUGACCACUGCAAAACAUCCAAUGAUGUCACAUAUGAAAUCCUCUCCUGGCUGAUGAUUAUCCAGUUCGUGCUGGGUCUGCCUCUCAACCUGUCCGUCCUCUACAUCUUUGUCUUCAGGUUCAAAUUCUGGAAGAACAAAAGUAUCUUCCUCUUCAAUAUAGUGGUGGCUGACUUCUUGCUGGUGGCCUGUCUUCCUGCCAAGGCCUACCAUUACCAACACCAUCAGAGGCGCAGCCAGGACAGCAAGGUGUGUAAGAUGAUGCUCUUCAUGCUGUUCCUCAACCGAGGAGCCAGCAUCGCCUUCCUCCUCAUCCUGUCCAUCGAUCGCUACUUCAACGUGGUCCAUCUUGGAAGGAGGAAUUUUGUCAAAAUGCUGAAGAAAUCUCCUCAAAUCUCCAUCAUUGUCUGGCUCCUCUUGUUGCCCCUCACCAUCCCCACAAUGCUGAACACCUUUGAGUGCUGCAACAGCCACGGCCGUAAGGUUGAGACUUUUUAUCACGAUGUGACUGACACCUUCAGAGAGACCGUCUUCUUCACCCAGAUCAUCGUCCCCUUCUUCGUCCUCGUCUACUGCACAGUGCGCAUCGUCAACAGACUGAGGAAGAAGACAGUGGGAGAGAAGACCAAACUAAGGAGAGCUAUGUGCGUUGUCAUGUCUGUUGUCGUCGUCUUCUCCAUCUGCUUCCUGCCUUGCGCUAUAGCCAGAGCGUUGCUGCUGUUCACCAGGCAGAAACAGGAGUCUGCAGAGGACAUAGUGACUCAGGUCUACGACAGCCUCAUGGUUUUGUCUUACAUGGACUGUCUGCUGGACCCGCUCGUGUACUGCUUCUGCAACUCAGGGUUUAAAGACGCUUACGUAUCCGUCUUCUGCCCUACGUUUCUUCGGAAGAAGCUGGCAAAUACUGACUUUGGCUUGGGAACAACAACAACCACAAUAACAACAACUACAACAUGUGGAAAUAGAACCAUUAUUUUGCCAAUAACAGAAAAAUGAUUCUUUUUUUCCCUCUUAAAAUUGUAAUCAAAACCAUCUUCGAGGGAGCACAGGCAAUUUAUUUACCAGAACAGUAGCAUAACCACUGAUCCGCCUGCACAGCUUGUUUGCAGCUGCUCUGGUACUCUAUGAAAAUAUCGUUAAAGCAAUACUGGUCAAACCAAAGGCAGCACAUGUUUGUGGCUUAUCUGGAGUCAUGAGUCGCCCAGAAUUCAAAUUAUGAUUCAAAUGCAGUACCCUUUUUUUAUUACUCACAUAAUGUGCCAGCAAAAGGUUCAGUCAUGUUAUUGGUUUGUGUGUAAACUAAUUUUCCAUUAAAGGGCAGAUCAGAGUUUUAAAUAACCUUGUAUUGGAGCUAUCGAGACCUCUAUCCAGAACUAUUUCAAUGUGAAUGUAAUGUAAAAAAAUAGGUGCAACCUAAGAAUCAGCAUUAGUCUGUACUGUGAAGAAGACUGUUCAACCAAAACCAAAUAACUGCAAACCUCAGUGUGGGUGUACAGGGGCAUUAAAGUGUGUUAACGGGGUAGUGUAUAAAACUGAGAAACUGUCUGAUUUGUCGACUCAUGUGACUGCUGUCUAAUCUACAGUUGAAUACAGAAUGCAAAAUCAUUUAAGGACAGUGUUAAAUGUAAAUAUACCUUUCAUCUGCUUGCUUUCAAUAGUAGAAUUUAUAUAUAUUUUAUAUUAUUAUAUAUUUUAAUGUAUUAGGGCAUAUAUUUUGUGAUUGAAUUUUGUUGCAUAUGAUGGCCCUUGCAAUAACUACAGUAAAGUACGCAGUAUGGUACAGAAACAAUCCAAACAACAAGCUGCUGCACAGCUCUCUUUCAUCACUCAGAGAACUCUGUAUCUCUGUGUUCAUCAUUAGGACCUCAAACAAGUUGUACCUGUUCUUCUCGGGGUUUGGAAACCCCAUCACAUUACUCAAAAAUGUACAUUUACAUUUCAGUAUCUAACUGCUACUUGAAGAUUUUGGAACGAAUGUCUUCCAUGUUCACAUUUCCUGUCCACGACUGAUGUCUCUUUUAUAAUCAGAGUAAACUAGCCUGUAUACAUGUUGGUGUUUAGGAAGUUAAAAAUUAUGUUUCACAACCAAAAUGUCAAACCCAAGUGGACUACAGAAAUCUGGAAGGCUGUUUUAAACUUUCCUCAUUCACACUGUAUACAAUUUUGGGCUGUUUAUGAAUAAAAUUGUAUUAUUUGUA